AUGUGUGUCUGUUGGGGAACAACAGACGAAGGCCAUCUGUUGGAGAAGAUCGUCACGCGAGAUUCCGUUACGCAAUCGACCAUCUUCAUCUGGUUCGUUCAUUUUUUUUUCCUCCCUGUUUCUUAUGUCGAAGUCAUAGAUCCAGGUUGAUAAGUCAGGAAUAUUCAUAAAAGAGACUUGCAAAAAAUUUUUUGGCCUGAAACUUUCAUGUAUUUUUUUGAAGAACCCUUGCCAAGUUGGUAAAUUAAAAUUAUUGAAAAAGAAGCCUUUUUUCUUGUUUGAACUAUCAAAAAUGUCAAUUUUAUCAAUCCUAUAUACUUGAGUAAAACUAAAACUUCUAAAUAUCAGAAAAAAAUAUUUUAAAAAAAUCCGAGAAAGAACUUUUUUUGCUUAAAAAAACACACUUUUUCACAUCGGAAUGACGCAAUAUCGCACCCUUUGUUUUUCCUCACGCGCAAAUUUGAAAUUAUCCAAUUUUUGCUUUUCAAACAGUUUCUUCCUUCUUCGGCACUGCAAAUAUCUGCUCUUUUUUUGCUUAGGAAUUAUAAAAAUAUUGUAAAAAAACAACAUAUAAGAAAAACAAAAAGACUCAUCUCUUCGAAAUGGCCUUGAAAAAAAUUUAAUUUUUUUCAACUUGAUUUCAAAUGGAUCGUUUUUUUGACAAAAAAAGUUCCUGAAAUAAUUUAUAUAUAUUUUUCUUAAAAUUUUUUUCUCAAGUUGUCUUCCAAUAAGCUUGGAAACUUAUAAAAUCAGGAAAUACAGGAUUUACAGUAAAAGUUGAGAAGUUUCUACUUAACCACCUCAAUUUCCGGUUUAAACUCAAGUGCUUACUUUUCGGACUCGCUAACACCAGGUCAAGCCUCCGAAUCCCUCGAAGAAGGUCAAAAAAAAUUCGAAUUUUCGGCGUUUCGCGGCGGGUGGUCGACCGGCUCGUCGUCUGGCCCCCUCUGUGGUCAGCAAUACUCUCUCGCGCCGCGCCGUCGACCUGUCUUGCCGUACGGUACGGCAGGCGCCCUCUCGCUUCGGCACGCUGUCUCGUUCGCGCGCGUCUGUCGCGCCAGACGUCCCCGCCGCGCGUCGUUCUUUUCUACACCUUCUUCGUCUUCGUCUAUUUGA